AUGGCGAAAAAGAAACCAGAGGAUAAAAAUAAUCAAAGCGAUGAUGAUACAAAAAAUGAGAGUGAUUACUCGUCAAACGAAGAAGAACCAAACUUCAGUGAUCCUGAAGACUACGAAGACGAUGUCUCUGAUGAAGAACUCUUAGGCGACAUUCUAAAAGAUAAGCCUAAGGAAACUGAUGGAGUAGAAAGUGUUAUAGUAGUAGAUGGAGUUCCUCAAGUAGGUCCUAAUCGUAUUGAAAAGUUGAAGUCAGUUAUUGUUAAAAUAUUUGUGAAGUUUGGAACAAUAGUAAAUGAAUUCUACCCUGUCAAUAGUGAAGGCCACACCAAAGGUUACAUUUUUAUAGAAUAUGCCUCACCAUCUGAAGCUGCUGAGGCUGUUAAGCUAACUAACAAUUUUAAAUUGGAUAAGCAUCAUACCUUUCAAGUUAACCUCUUUACUGAUUUUGCUAAGUAUGACCAAAUUCCCAAUAAGUGGGACCCUCCAGAACCACAACCUUACCAAGGACAAGGCGAUUUGCAUUCUUAUUUAUUGGAACCUGAUGCAUAUGAUCAAUUUGCUGUAGUUGUUGCACAAACACAAGCUGUGCAAAUUUGGCAGAAUACACAGCCAGAUCCUAGUCUCAUUGAAGCUAGAAGUAGCUGGAGUCAAACUUACAUAAAAUGGUCACCUCUGGGGACAUUCUUAUGUACCUUUCACAGGUUGGGUGUUGCACUGUGGGCAGGACCUGGAUUUUUGCAAUACAAAAAAUUUACUCAUUCAAAUGUUCAAUUCAUUGAUUUCUCACCAUGUGAAAAGUAUUUAGUGACUUAUUCCCCACAAGGAGACCCACAUAAUCCAGAGCAGAAGAGGAUCAUCAUUUGGGAUAUUAGGACAGGUCUUGAAAAGCGUUCAUUCAAUCCAGAAGGUCCAUCGGCAUGGCCAAUCUUCAGGUGGUCUCAUGAUGACAAAUAUUUUGCUCGUAUUGGUUCAAACAAUGAUGCCCUUCAAGUAUACGAAACACCAUCUUUUGGUCUUUUGGAUAAGAAAUCAAUCAAAAUUAACGGCAUAAGAGAUUUCAAUUGGUCGCCAACAGAUAAUGUUGUAGCUUAUUGGGUAGCCGAGGACAAAGAUGUGCCUGCAAGUGUAACUCUGUUAGAAUUGCCAAACAGGAAUGAAAUUAGGAAGAAGAAUUUGUUUAAUGUUGCUGACUGUAAGAUACACUGGCAGAAGUCUGGAGAUUACCUGUGUGUCAAGGUAGACAGGUAUUCAAAGGUUCGCAAGGAAAAGAAUGAAACCAAGUAUUCAGGUAUGUACUGCAACUUUGAAAUAUUCCACAUGAAGGAGAAGCAAAUACCUGUAGACAGCGUAGAGUGCAAGGAACCAAUUCAGGCAUUUGCUUGGGAACCAGUUGGUUCUAAAUUUGCAAUGAUACAUGGCGAAUCCCCUAGCAUCAGUGCUAGUUUCUACGAGGUUAGAGUAGGGCAGGCUCCCAUUCUUCUGAAGAAAUUUGAGAAAAGAGCAUGCAACCAUUUGUUCUGGUCUCCUAGUGGGCAGUUCAUUGUUUUAGCAGGCUUAGGUUCCAAUGGAGGUGGAUCGUGGAUUUGUUGACACUCAUGAAUUUUUAAUCAUGAACACUACAGACCAUUUCCAAUUGUCAGAUGUAGAGUGGGACCCAACUGGAAGAUACGUAAUAACUGGAGUCUCAUUUUGGAAAACCAAGGUUGAUACAGGUAUUGGAUUUGGUCCUUCCAAGGAAAAAUCCUGAAGCGUAUCAAUUUGGAGAAGUUCUCCCAGAUUCUCUGGAGACCUAGACCACCAUCAUUACUCAGCGAUGAAAAGCAAAAAGAGGUCAAGAAGAGCCUAAAGAAAUACUACCCGCAAUUCGAGAGCAAAGACAGGAUGCGACAAUCCAAAGCUUCCAAGGAACUUAUCGAGAAGAGAGCUGCUCUUAUGGAGAAGUUCCAAGCCUACAGAGAGGAGAGGAUCGAGGAGUACUUGGAUCAAAAACCAAGGCGUUUGCAGCUUAGAAAUAACAUUGACACUGAUGAAUUAAACGCAGAGAACGUUGAGGAGGAAAUCGUAGAAUUCUUUAUUAAAGAAGAAGUAAUUCCAGUCGACUAG